CGCCAGGUCCCCUUUCAUCCAGAUAACUGCCUUCAAUUUCCCACAUUACCGUAGCUGAAUACGCAACACGACUGCAAACAAGGGAGGAGGGAAAGAAUUUCAGAGACCGAAAACGCUAAACGAGAAAACAGGGAAUUAAACUGGUGCUUGACAGUUCCCACCAAGGGGUGGCAGUUUCCGCGACGGUCAGCUGGUCCAACCAGCCAAGGCUGAAGCAGGACUGUCAGCGGCGUAAGGAAUAAAACGAAGGCAGAGGCUUAGACCCUCCCCCUAACGGUCCCUCCUCCGCUGGCCUCAGGCGGCAGCCAGACUCCCGUUUCCGGCCCUCGCAGGACCACAGUUCCCAGAAUGCCCUUGGAGGGAAGUCUUUCCCGCAGGAUAACUACUAAUCCCAGCAUGCCACUCGGCACUCCAGUAAAUCAGAUGGAAGAGUGGGACGACCCCAUUGCAUGCAGGGAGUUGUAGUUCAUUUAGCGGACGGCUGGCAGAUGGGCGGGGAAGACUGGGUCGCUCGCGUCCGCUGAGGAGAAUGAUUCAUAAAACAGGUUCAGGAAAGAAGAACCGUUCUGUCUGUGAAAGCUCACUAAAAAGACUGGACUUUUUUCGGAGGGAAGAAGAGCAAGCAGAGUCCCCGGCCUGACCCCACCUCGGGCGCUCGCCGGGCCCUGACCUAGUCCUGGGCCUUGUCGGGGGCGGCCGCGAGGCGCCGGUUGCUGGGGGAGCGGUGACGUUGCGGGGUGAAAGUUGAGGGGCGGUGACGUCGGGCCUGCCCGGGCGGAGGCUGGCGGGUUGGAGGCAGGAGGGAGGGAGGGAAGGAGGGAAGGAAGGAAGCUGGGAAGGAGCGAGCGAGCGGGGGCGCGAGGCGUUUACCUGGAGGCAGCGGCUUGGGCGCGCAGAGCGGCCGCAGCUCCCCCGCACCUGCGGCCAUGGAUGAGGAGCGCGCCCUCUACAUCGUGCGGGCCGGCGAAGCGGGGGCUAUCGAGCGAGUCCUGAGGGAUUACAGCGACAAGCAUAGGGCUACUUUCAAAUUUGAAUCAACAGAUGAAGAUAAAAGAAAGAAACUCUGUGAAGGCAUAUUUAAAGUCCUUGUAAAGGACGUGCCAACAACAUGUCAAGUAUCCUGCCUGGAAGUACUCCGCAUUCUCUCCAGAGACAAAAAGAUUUUAGUUCCUGUAACAACUAAGGAAAAUAUGCAGAUACUUCUGCGACUAGCCAAGCUAACUGAGUCGGAUGAUUCUUUGGAGAAGGUGUCAGAGUUCCCAGUUAUUGUGGAGUCAUUAAAAUGUCUGUGUAACAUAGUGUUCAACAGUCAGAUGGCACAGCAGCUCAGCCUGGAACUUAAUCUUGCUGCAAAGCUCUGUAACCUCCUGAGAAAGUGCAAGGACCGAAAAUUUAUCAAUGACAUUAAGUGCUUUGACUUGCGCUUGCUCUUCCUACUGUCACUUUUGCACACCGACAUCAGGUCACAAUUGCGCUAUGAGCUCCAGGGACUACCGCUGCUAACCCAGAUUUUGGAAAGUGCCUUUAGCAUCAAGUGGACCGAUGAGUAUGAAUCGGCCAUAGAUCAUAAUGGACCUCCUCUCUCACCUCAGGAGACAGACUGUGCCAUUGAGGCCCUCAAAGCUCUUUUCAAUGUGACAGUAGACAGUUGGAAGGUCCAUAAAGAGAGUGAUUCUCAUCAGUUCCGUGUCAUGGCAGCUGUCCUUCGCCAUUGUUUACUAAUCGUAGGUCCAACUGAAGACAAAACAGAAGAGCUGCACAGCAAUGCAGUCAACCUUUUAAGCAAUGUUCCAGUCUCUUGUUUGGAUGUUCUAAUUUGUCCAUUAACCCAUGAAGAAACAGCCCAAGAGGCGACGACUCUAGAUGAACUGCCCAGUGAUAAAACAGCUGAAAAAGAAACAGUUUUGAAAAACAAUACCAUGGUAUACAAUGGUAUGAAUAUGGAGGCCAUUCAAGUUUUACUCAAUUUUAUGGAGAAGAGAAUAGACAAGGGAAGCAGCUAUAGAGAGGGUCUAACACCAGUUCUCAGCUUAUUAACAGAAUGUUCCCGAGCCCAUCGAAACAUCAGAAAAUUUCUCAAAGAUCAGGUUUUACCACCGUUGAGGGAUGUGACAAAUCGACCUGAAGUUGGCUCAACUGUGAGAAAUAAGCUGGUGCGCCUCAUGACACAUGUUGACCUUGGAGUCAAGCAAAUUGCUGCUGAAUUCCUUUUUGUUCUUUGCAAAGAGAGAGUGGAUAGCCUCCUGAAAUACACUGGCUAUGGGAAUGCUGCAGGACUCUUGGCGGCCAGGGGCCUCUUGGCUGGAGGAAGAGGAGAUAAUUGGUACUCAGAGGAUGAGGACACAGACACUGAAGAAUACAAAAAUGCAAAACCAAACAUUAAUCUUAUCACUGGUCAUUUAGAGGAACCAAUGCCAAACCCCAUAGAUGAAAUGACAGAAGAACAAAAAGAAUAUGAAGCCAUGAAACUUGUCAACAUGCUUGAUAAACUUUCCAGAGAGGAGUUGCUUAAACCAAUGGGACUAAAACCUGAUGGGACAAUAACACCUUUGGAAGAAGCACUCAACCAGUACUCUGUCAUCGAAGAGACCAGCUCUGACACAGACUAAAAGCAUCACCUGCUCAAUUCUCAAUAUUGCUUUUAUCAGCAUCUUUUCUCUGUAGCUCCAGGGGAAUCUAUUCUCUAAAACAUUUAUGCCCUUGCUUUGGCUAGAAAACACAUUAACUGGUUUACUCAUUGAGAAUCCAGCAUAUUUAAGAGGUGAUCCUGUGUUUUUUUUGCGAUAUUGAGGCAUUCAUACAGAGCUUCAGUUAGGUGGAGUUACAGGGGCUAGAAGCAGAAAAAAAAAUCCAUUUCAUCAGGAUGGAACUGAAGGAUUUUAUUCUAUAAAGCAGCCCUGGUUGGAUCUGGCAAUUCUGUUUGCCAGGAUUCUUAGCAGAAGAUUUAGCCAUGUCCUUCCUCACUUGUGUGAGCUGCCCCUUCCGAAUCUCUCCAGCAGCCAGAGGCACGUGAGAAGCAGAGUGAGCUGGCAAAUAAAGGCUGAGGCAAGUUUCUCCUUAGAUCAGGACUAAGUGGAAGCCAAGCAGCUGCUCCGUGAACCAAGCCCCACUCUUCGUAUCAAUUUUGUAUAAAUAUAUAGAAACACACACACAGCCCCAGACUUACAAACUGAUUAUACUCUAAAGUUUUUAUGUCAGUUAUCUAAAACUUGAGAAUACAUUUCUCCCUAUAAAGAAUUAUAAAUGAUGGUUUAGUUCCCAGGCAGCUACAAAUGCCUAUUUAUUCCCUAAUGUUCAUGAACACUAGUACCACAGAACUGAACCACCAUCUGUAUCAGUGUAUGGGGAGCAUGCAUUCUGAGGUUUAACCCAGGGUGCCAGGAACACACACAUCCUCCAUCCCAGCAGAGAGAAUGGGACUCCCUGAGUAGUGGAAGUUCUUUUGUGGCCUCUGCUGGGCAUGGGGUAGUCAGCAGCACCCACUUGUACAUAGAGGUCAUUCAUAUGUCACACGUUUUAAAUUGGGGACUGUGUGUGUGCUGGUGUGUGUGUGUGUUCUACCUUUCUACCAUAUGUGAUCAGUCUAAUAGUAACUUUAUUUAUUUAAAACAAGGAAAAGAAACACAAAUAGUUACUGUUAAACUGAUUAAGGUUGUUUAUUUUUAUUUUUAGAAUUGGUCCUAUGAAGUAGAAACUGAAUCAUGCAGUAGACAGUGGGCCUAGUUGAUCAGUGGCUAAAGUUAAAAAGGGGUUGGUUUCCUUUAUAUGUAUGUAUGUAUGUGUGUGUGUAUAUGCAUACAUAUAUAUACAUAUAUACAUAAUGUGCUUAACCACUGCCUUUUAAAACUUUAAAUUAAAUAAAACAUUGGGGUUGAUUAAAUUUAGCCAUCUGUGUGUGUUUCUUUAUAGUUACAUGGGCUAAACAAUACUAUUUCACAGUUUAUGCUUUUUUAAAGUGCUUUUACAUCCAUAAUCCCACUUAUCAUAAUAGCCUUCUCUAGGAUAGGUAAAGUAUGUGGAGUAUUAGUGAAAAUGUCAUUUCUCCAGAAGUUACUUCUCUGGCAAAGUAACAAAUCAGGAAUGGAGUUUUAAAAGGCCUUUAAACUGCCAGAAGAGAUGUCAAAGUUUCUUGCGAUUUACUCACAGGAGAAAUCGUCAAGAAUAUCAUCACUAUUAGCCUGUGUACUAAAAUUUGCAUACAUUUCUAACAUGUGUAGUUAUCUGGCUUUUAAGCUCACAAAACAAUGGCAAAGAAGGAGGCUGCUAGAUUGAAGGCAAGCGUACCGAAAACAGCAAAAAAGUCAACUGAAAACUAGAUAGCAAGAUCGUUAGAAUUAAAAAAAAAAACUAUUCAAGGUAUAGCAAAUCUGGGACUAUCUAUUUACCAAAGGAUACUCUAGUUAACCUAGAAAAUGUGUAUAUAACAGUGUGGUCCAUAGACUAAUUCUCAUGAUGACCCUGCAUUUCUUUAAGAAUAAAUCCAGAAUACUUUUUUAAAGGCUAGGAAGAAUACAAUUCAUUUCAGAAUUUUCAUCUAAACUGGUUGAAGGAGAUGUUGUGGGUGACCUGUGUUUUAACCAACAACAAACAAAAUGAAACUUGGCAAUUCAUAUCUUUAAGUGAAAAAAGUUUAGAAAAAAGAAUUUAAGUAUUUUUGUUAUAUCAUUCUACAAAUGCAUUUUUGAAGUAUUUUUAUAAUUUCUACAAUCAGAUAGCUUUGGCAUGAGUUGUCGGCUUACCCAAAUGAAGACAUGUUUUAUGAAAUACCCAUCUUACCAGCUUUAUGCAGAGUUAAGUGUUUGAACAGUCCUGUUUAAGUAGCUGUGCUUUUCUACUUUCAGUGAGUUCUGUUUCAUUUUGUGUUUCUCCGCACUGAGCACUAAGCUUUGUUGUCGAAGAGAGCAGAUUUGUGGAGGGAGAUGAGAGUGACCUCAUCUCUCAUCUUUUACAUAGAAAGAGAACUAACAUCUGUUGAGUGCUUACUAUGUGCUGGGCUUUUUAUUUAUGUUAUCUCAUGGAACCUCAUCAUAUAUUCUGUGGGAGAUCCUCUCCAGAAAGCUAUGUAAGUUACCCCGCGUCACAGCAAGGAAGAGUCCAACUCCGGUGGCCAGCUCCCAGCACCACUCCUUCCCCUCCCUUCUGCACACCUGGGCCCACACUGUGCCUCCUUCGGACUCUGCAAUGCUGGGAACAGAAUUGGGUGGGGAGGGUGGUCAUCCUCAGGCCAUUUUAAGCAAUAACUAUAUCAGCAGAACCAGUUUAAAGACCUUUUUAAGCAGGGAAGUGAUUGGGAGUGGAAGUGUGAGUGGGAAACUUGCUCAAUUGGCACUAGAUUUCAGAUGAACACCUGAAAUCCUUUAGGGUAAGACAGAGACCAAAGCCUGCAGGCUGGCCCCUCUACCCACAACCCUCCUGACUGUGGAAGCAGAGUACAGAAGAGUGUGUCCUUAUAAUAAGGCAUUUGAGCUGCCACUGUAAAGGAACAAUUGCCAGACAUUUGUGACCCUUUCAGCUGCUCAGUGGUCCUGGGAGGGGGCAGGGCAGGGCAGGUGUUAUUAUCCCUCCUUUGUAAGUGGGGACACAGACUGAGGCAAUACAAGUGACUCUAAACACACCCUCAGCCACAUCAGUCUUGUCACCUCCUAGGACUAGGUGUCACCUGUAUUGACUUCCUUUUUCCCCAAUUAUAAAAGUAAUAUAUAUGUUUAUUGUGGAAAGUUUGGAAAAUGCAGAAUAAAAUUAAUAAUCUACCCCAAAUCCCACCAUCCUGAGAUAAUCACUGUUAAUGUUUUAGUGUAUUUCCUUCCUGUAUUUUUUCUAUGCAUAUAUAAUUUAUUUUACUACAAGAUUGGGAUCAUGCUGUAUUUACAGAUUUGUAUCCUGCUUUCUUCUUUAACAUUGUGAGCAUUUUCCCAUGUCAAUAAAUAUUCUUCAAAAA